AUGGUUCAGCCAACUCGCCCGCCGGCCAAUGGCUUCGUCGCCGCAACUCGAAAGCUUUACAACCCUCUGGGAUUCUCGAAAGGCUACAACUUUGUCCUUUUCUUCGUCUUCUUCGGUGCACUCAUGGGAUUCACCCUCGCGCGAUUUCAGUACCUCAACUUCGAUACGUUCUGCAGGGGAGCAGCGCCAGGGGAAUGCUUCAACUACCAAAAGGGCCACGAGAAAGCCGGCCUCAUAAUACACCUUGCUGGAAUCUUGCCCGCUGGCUUCUUGGCAUGUUUCCAGUUUGUGCCAGUACUUCGUCACAAAGUCCUUCUCUUUCAUCGCAUCAACGGUUAUGUUGUCAUCCUCCUCGCACUCGUUGGAAUCGCUGGCGCCUUAAUGAUUGCGAGGAAUGCCUUUGGCGGCACGCUGGACACCCAAGCUGCUAUCGGUGUUAUGGCAAUCAUGUUCGUCACUGCGCUCACCCUAGCAUUUGUCAAUAUCAAGCGACUUCAGAUCGAGCAGCAUCGAGCAUGGAUGCUACGAGCGUGGUUCUACGCUGGCUCCAUCAUCACUCUUCGUUUGAUCCAGUUCUCGGCUGCGGCUGUGAUUAGCAGUAUUGGAACCUAUUACGCGGCACGUCCUUGCGAUCAAGUUGCUUUUAUGGUCGGCAACAUGAAUCGGACUCUCCAACUCUAUCCCGCCUGUGCAUCCUACUUCUCUGGAGAGAACCCUGGUCAACAAACAAUUGUGCACGCAGACAUUCUCAACCCAACAUCCGCUGCUGAAGCUGGUGUGGCUGCGGGUAUGCCAUUUGGUAUGGCACUUUGGCUGGCCCUUGCUUUGCAUGCAAUUGGAAUCGAGAUAUAUUUGAAACUCACACCAGCCGAAGCCGAGAGACUACGAAACGUUUCCUACAAGAGGCAAUUGGAGGCUGGCUUGAACCCUGCUGGAAGAGCUGGUAUCACAGCUGACAGGAUCGGGGACUCUGAGGAAUGGCAGCCCAAGCAUAAGCCAUCUCAUGCUAGCUCAACUUCAGACCUGCCAACACCCAAGUAA